UCCAAUCAGAUCGCCCGGAAACGGGAAGUAAGAUUGAGCAAAUCGACAUCCUUGUGACACUAAUCGACUCAGGAAUCCACCAAUCGCUGCAGUGGUUGCUCGGUGUUGGACUGCUGCUCUGUACGGUAGAAAACACUGCGGCCGUGCUGUUUCAUUGUUGAAAUACAACAAGGACCGGGAGGAGGACGGAGCGGUAACAGCGGCCACUGACAUUAUGACUACACUUGAUGAUAAGCUGCUGGGAGAAAAGUGUCAGUACUACUACAGCAGCAGCAGUGAUGAUGAAGACAGCGAACAGGAUCGCAACAUACGACAAGGCGAGGUUGGAGAAUCAGAUGGUGGGAAAGAAGGAAGCGCUAUUAAUACAGGUCCAAAAGGGGUCAUUAAUGACUGGAGGCUUUACAAACAGAUGGAGACUGAGCAAAACGAGGAACAACGGAGGGAGAUGGAGCAGCUUAUUAAGAAGCUCUCUAUGACGUGUAAAUCUCACCUUGAUGAAGAGAAGGACAAACAGAAACAGAAAGAUCUUCAAGAAAAGAUAAAUGGGAAGAUGAACUUGCAAGAAUACAAUAAGCUGAAUGAGGAAGAUGAAGAUUUCUUGCAGCAAUACAGGAAACAAAGAAUAGAGGAGAUGAAAAAUCAACUCUGCCAAUCUAAGCUCUUCAAGCAAGUGUAUGAAAUUAACAGUGCUGAGGAAUUCUUGGAUACUGUAGAUAAAGAACAUAAAAAUACUCUUGUGCUAAUUCUCAUUUACGAGGAUGAUAUUCCUGGUGCAGAGGCUGCAAAUGGCAGCAUCAUCUGCCUGGCGUCAGAGUACCCCGGAGUGAAAUUCUGUAAAGUAAAAAGCUCUCUUUUAGGAACCAGCACUAAAUUCACCAAGAAUGCUUUGCCAGCUCUACUUGUAUAUAAAGCGGGGGAAUUGAUUGGGAAUUUUGUUCGGAUAACAGAUCAACUUGGAGAAGACUUUUUUGCUGUUGACCUGGAAUCGUUUUUGCACGAAUGCAGCUUAUUACCAGAGAAGGAUCUGUUAUGCUCUACAAUUUGUAAUCCGUCUAUUCAUUGCUAUAGUGAUGACAGCGACCUAGAAAUAGACUAAAUGAUGAAUAUCACUAGUUCAGAGCUAUCCUGCCAGUAAUUGUACAUAGAAGCAACAUUAUUUACAUACUAUUUAAUACAAUUUUUUUUUUAUAUAUAUAUAUUUUUUUUAAAUAUAUAAGAGGUAAAAUAAAGUGUAACCUGUUUUAGCAUAAUGUUUGUCAAUCUCUCAUUAGCUAUGAAGUCGCAAGAAACCAGUUUCAUUUCAUAUACUUUGUGUUUGUUUCUAUUAAUCCCAAUACUUUCUAUAUUUAUGUAUAUUAGUAGCUACAGGGUAAUUUAUGCAUUUCCAAAAGUGGCAGAUGUGAAACGGGAAGACCAUUUACCAAUAAAUAACAAGUUGUGGACUAUAAUAAUAAACUUGACCUUCUUCUCAUUAA